GAGUCGCUCGCGCUCUCAUCUCAUCAUAAGCAUUAAACUACAGCAGUCACACGCAGCUCCGAACACCGACAUUCCGGCACUCUCACAGUUCCGUCAGGGAAUUCCGUGUAGGGAAUUUUUAUCCAGGGAAAUCGUGCUGAAUCGAAAACUUCCUCUUUGGAAUCACUAAAGGUGACACAACCGUAUGGCGAAUACGUUCACCAUGGACCCCAGCAAUUGCUCAGCUGUGGAUCUCUCUGAUGUUUUGGCCAGCCAGAUGAGUCCCAGCAAGAUCCUCCUCUCCCUGACUCUCUCUUUCCUGGCUGUGGCGACCACCGCCAUCAACUCCCUGGUCAUCACUGCUAUCCUGAUCACCAGCAAACUCCACCAACCCGCCAACUACCUUAUCUGCUCUCUAGCUGUGACAGAUCUUCUGGUAGCUGUUCUAGUGAUGCCCAUCAGCAUUGUGUACAUCGCAGAAGAGACGUGGGUUCUAGGUCCGAUAGUGUGUCACCUGUGGUUGGGUGUCGAUGUUACAUGCUGCACCUGUUCAAUUUUACACCUGGCUGCCAUUGCACUUGAUCGAUACCGCGCAAUCACCGAUGCUGUGGCGUAUUCCCAGAAACGCACGUAUAAAAGAGCAAUCAUAACCAUUUUUUCCUUGUGGACACUGUCUGUGUUGGUUUCUCUACCACCUUUAGUGUGGAGGAAAUCCUCAAGUGUGGAAAACAAGGAUGGGAAGAGGGAAGUCAUGGACUGCUGGAUUGAGCACGACCAUGUGGCCUUCACUGUCUACUCCACUUUUGGAGCAUUCUAUAUUCCACUGGCCCUCAUUUUGGUUCUUUACUACAAGAUCUACAAGGCGGCGGAGACACUUCGUAACCGCCGAGGGAGCAGCCGAUUAGUAAAACAGACAGUGAGCAGCGUCAUGCUUUCAGGAAUGAGCUCUGAUAAAGACAUCACCCUCAGUCCCGACACAUUCUGCCCAAUCGAGAAGUCAUUUUCCGAACCAUCAACAGAUGGGGAAAGGGUGCGCAGCACUUCCUCGUCGGGUAAUCUCAUCAAGGUCCGCAGGAACCCAGGGGCUAGGGAGAGACGGGCGGCUUUGACAUUAGGACUAAUCCUGGGAGCCUUUGUGGUGUGUUGGUUACCGUUCUUCCUGAAGGAGGUGAUAGUGAAUAUUUGUCCGACCUGCAGCACCUCUGCUGUGCUUGCAGAUUUCCUCACCUGGCUUGGGUAUCUCAAUUCCCUCAUAAAUCCGCUAAUAUACACCAUCUUUAACGAGGACUUUAAGAAAGCAUUUAAAAAACUUCUGCCCUUCUGUUGCAGCAAUGUCAUUUGAAAUUGACUGGGAGAAAAA